AUGGAAGUACCUGGAAAUAGAAAGUGGAUCAAUAAUAGAGUUGAUUCACACAAGAAUAUCACCGAAGAAUUUGAAAUCGGAGUUGAUGAGUUUAUUAAGUUUGCUUUGGAACAAGAUGUAAAUAACAUCGGAAGAGGGGAUAUUAGAUGCCCGUGUAAGAAAUGCAAAUGUCUGAAAUUUGAAAGUCCAAUAACAGUGAAGACACAUCUAUGUAGGAAGGGAUUCAUGAUUGAUUAUUAUCAUUUGACGAACCAUGGUGAGGAUAUUCCCCCAAUUCCCCCUGUGAGUACCAAUGUUAAUGAAACAUAUGGGGAUGAUCUUGAAAAAGCUUUGGCCAAAGCUACAAAGGGAAAAAACAAAACCUUGAUAAUUGCUAUAGUAAAUAAGGCUUAUGUAGAACAAGAUGUAGAGGGUGAUGCAAUCACCAUGUUUGAUUUAUUUUUAAGCAGUUUUUGGCUUGGAGAAAGAACAAGGUCUUUGAUUGAUAACCUUCUCAUUGUAGCCGUUGAUCAAACGGCCUACGAUCGAUGCGAAUUUUUGCGGUUAAAUUGUUAUAGAUUGGAAACAAAUGGUGUUGAUUUUGGAGGUGAGAAAUUCUUCAUGUCUCAAGAUUUCAUCAAGAUGAUGUGGAGAAGGACUUAUUUUCUCUUGGAAGUUCUAAAACGUGGCUACAACUUCAUUUUCACGGACAUUGAUGUAAUGUGGUUAAGAAAUCCAUUCGAAAAGUUGAGCAAGAAUGAGACUGAAGAUCUUCAAAUUAGCACAGACCGAUACCUUGGCGAUCCUUGGUUACAAAAACAACCAAUCAAUACUGGAUUUUUCUUAGUAAGAUCGAACAACAAGACCGUAACUUUGUUCGAAACAUGGUAUGGAAAAAAAGACAAUUCAACUGAAAAAAAGGAGCAAGAUGUGCUUGUUGACCUCAUUAAAAGUGGUAUAAUUGGACAUUUAGGACUCAAGGUUAGGUUUUUGGAUACCCUCUAUUUUAGUGGAUUUUGUCAAGAUAGUAAAGAUUUUAGGGCAGUAACCACUGUUCAUGCAAAUUGUUGUCGAAGUAUCACUGCAAAGAUAGAUGAUUUAAAGAUGACUCUUUAUGAUUGGAAGAAAUUUAGAAGCUUAGAGGUUAAUUCUACAACAAAUUUUCAUUGGACAAGUCAUGAGUCGUGCAUGGAGUCAUGGAAAUGA